UGGGAAUCAAACCCCAACCCGGAGGUGCGAGGCAAUGAAGAAUGCUGCUCACUAAGGGAUGAGAGAGGAGUUUUCUGACCAAAACCAAAUUUGCGGUCGUUUUCGGAGGUGUGUGCCCUCGUGCCCCUGCACGUGUGAUCAAGUUAUGGUUGCCUUUAAGGGCGUGUGGACAAAGGGUUUUUGGCGAGCAGUGUCUGGAGAGUUUUUGGCCAUGUUGAUCUUUGUGUUGCUCAGUUUGGGGUCUACUAUCAACUGGGCAGCAACCACAAGUGAGAGCACUCCUCCUCCUCCUGACCUCGUUCUCAUCUCUCUCUGUUUCGGCUUGUCUAUAGCCACGCUCAUCCAGUGCUUCAGCCAAAUCAGCGGCGCCCACAUCAACCCGGCAGUCACAGUGGCCAUGGUGGCCACUCGCAAGCUGAGCCUGGCAAAGGGCAUUUUCUAUUUGGGAGCACAGUGUCUAGGGGCAAUCUUGGGAGCAGCUAUCCUGUAUGGUGUGACUCCUCCAGCUGUCAGAGGGAACCUGGGGGUCACCUCGGUCAGCACUCAUAUCUCUGCUGGUCACGCCCUGGUGGUUGAACUCUUUAUCACCUUUGAGCUUGUCUUCACCAUCUUUGCUACCUGUGACCCAAAGCGCACUGACCAGAAGGGUUCAACAGCACUGGCUAUCGGCCUGUCGGUGUGCAUAGGGCACCUGUUUGCCAUUCCCUACACUGGUGCCAGUAUGAAUCCUGCUCGCUCAUUUGGUCCUGCUGUCAUCACCGGGCACUGGGAAAACCACUGGGUGUACUGGUUGGGUCCAUUAAUGGGAGGAGUCCUGGCAGCAGCCCUAUACGAGUACCUGUUCUGUCCCGAUCCAGAUUUGAAAAAACACUAUGCCAGCGUCAUCUCUAGGACCUCCUUCCCAACUGCUCAGUACCAAGGCAUGGAGCCAGGUACUUUCUCCAGUGACAAAGAUCAGAUGAUGAUCAAACAGCCAGCGUUCACAGAGCUGGAUGUGGAGCACACUGACAGAAAGGAGAGAGAGGAAGCCGGUGAGGUGCUGUCCUCUGUAUGACGAUUAAGGUGCACUGGGGAAGAAGAGCUGAGUUCUAUACAUUACACCUCCAACCAGCUUAAAGAGACGAACUGAUAUAGAGGUGUGAAUUAUACAAAAUAGUAUGUUAAAAGAGAAUUCUUUCUGCUAGCACCAU